UAGAAUAGAACAAAGACAAUGCCGCCAUCUUCCUUUUAUGAAUGUUCCGUUUCCGUUGACAGUUCUUUUUAGCUAAAAUCACCGAAAAUGAAAGCUAAAGGCGAGUUGAAGGAAUAUGAAGUCAUUGGCCGUAAGUUGCCAUCGGACAGUGAGCCGAAGCCACCACUGUAUAAAAUGAGAAUCUUCUCGCCAGACCAAAUUGUAGCUAAGUCACGAUUUUGGUACUUUUUAAGGCAACUGAAGAAGUUCAAAAAAACAACUGGAGAAAUCGUUUCCAUCCGGGAAAUUCCAGAGAAAAGCCCUAUCAAAAUAAAAAACUUUGGUAUAUGGCUACGUUAUGAGUCUCGCUCUGGCGUACACAACAUGUACAGGGAGUACCGUGACUUAUCCGUUGGGGGAGCAGUGACACAGUGCUACCGUGACAUGGGAGCUAGACAUAGAGCUCGGGCACACUCUAUUCAGAUCAUCAAAGUGGAGGUCAUCAAGGCAGCUGCCUGCCGCAGACCUCAAGUGAAGCAAUUCCACAACAGCCGUAUCAGGUUCCCGCUCCCAAAGCGUGUGCACCAGUACAAGCGACUCAACACCUUUGCUUACAAGAGGCCCAGCACCUACUUCUUGUAAUUUAACAUUAGAAUAAAUAUCACUUGAUGUGGCAA